UCUGGCCGCCGGCGCCUGGUUUUCUGCGACAAGGGCUACUUAACGCUAGCCAGUUCUCCGAGCUUGAUCUCUAAUCGCAGCCCACACAUGUUCCUUGUCCUGCCGCGUCGGCAAGUUCGCUCUCGAAUGCCGGCAAGUACUGGUGGCAGCGGAUCUGGCGAGCCAAAUGUGCACGCCAUCACUGGCCAAGCAAGCAUCUGCCAUCGCAGAACAGCAACAGCUGCCUAACCUGGUUGAGUGGAUCGGCAAGCUGCCCACAGCCGAGCGUCUUAGGUGCAGCUGCCCGCCUCAGGUUGUCAUCAGGCCUCUCUCCUUGGCGGAACUGAAACGUCGGAUGGCCUCCAGGAGGCAAAAAGGGCAGGAAGCGGAUAGGCCUCCGACCGACUGCAGCAACCCCUUCGAGGUGCUGCUCAAGCGGCGGCGAGUAGAGAGUGAGCGACGCCGGCUGGGAGGACGUCGAGGGAGCCGGCCCGCCGCAGCCAGCGGAAACAAGCCACACGUCAGGAGCAUUCAGCUCACCCUUCCUCAGAUGAUGCGCAAGACGGUUUGAGAGGCAACGCGAAGGAAAGAA